CUUACCUGCAACGGUAAACACUACAGAAGCUACCACGAAUCCACGUUUCCCGGGCUUUCUAACACCCUCAAAACUUCCCAAACUGAAGCAUGCUAAAAAUAUUUCUCGCAAGAAAACGCAUGCCAAAAAUAGAUAGAGAUCACUUUCUAUUCAACCUGCACCUCACAUCCCCUUUCAUCUUCCUCACACACAAGAAUAUACCCCCAAAAGAAACAAAGAAGCAACAAAAUUUCCAAAGAGUUAGAGCUACUAAAAUCAACACAGGGAACCCCCCAAAUUCCCAAAAUCACGCCCUUAGUUGUAUAAUUGGGAGCUUUGAUAAUCCCUUUCUCCCUCUUCUGAGCUCUUCAAAAAACAUUUCAAAAUUCUCAUUGAAUCAAUUCACAAGUAGGGUUCUUAUCCUCCUCCACCCUGUUGCAUUGUGUAGAACAAGAAAGGUUGCGUUUUUGCGGCCCCUCGCGAUGGCGCCCGUAAGGUGUUCGACGUAUUGCCUUGUUCUUUAUGAGGCAUGACAUUGUUGCCUUCUCUUGAUCCGAAUUGGGCAACUGUUCGUUUUUGAUGGUUCGGUUCCUGAAGAGAGGAUAUAGCCUAGAAAGGUUCCUGCAAGGGAAAGGGAUGUUUGAGCAUUCGGAGCGAAAGGCUCAUAGCUUGAUUCUAGAAAGCAAUGGGUCGUCGGUGGUGGACGAUAAGAUGUUGUCGCGAAGCCAAGGAUCGAGGAGCCCGGGCAAGCCUUUGGAGGCCCAGAUUAUAGGCAGCGCGCUCGACCGAUCGUCCGACCACGUGCCGAGAUCAAGGCUGAAGAAAGAUGGAGGAUGCAAUGGGCAUCCUUCGGAUAUGGAGUUGAUGAAGGAGAGGUUCGCGAAGCUGCUUCUCGGUGAAGACAUGUCGGGUUCCGGCAAAGGGGUUUCCUCGGCUUUGGCUUUGUCCAAUGCCAUCACCAAUCUUGCAGCUUCUGUGUUUGGAGAGCAAUGGCGAUUAGAGCCUAUGUCGGCAGAGAGGAAACAAAGAUGGCGGAAAGAAAUUGAUUGGCUUUUAUCCGUCACCGAUCAUAUUGUAGAAUUUGUUCCUUCACAACAAGUUUCUAAGGAUGGAACUAACAUGGAGAUAAUGGUAACUCAGCAACGGAAAGAUCUUCACAUGAAUAUCCCAGCUUUGCGCAAGCUCGACGCCAUGCUCAUUGAAUACCUCGACAAUUUCAAGGACCAUAAUGAGUUCUGGUAUUUGUCGAGAGAUGCUGACGAAUCCGAGAAGGGUAAUGCACAGAGGAAGGAUGACAAGUGGUGGCUACCGACUGUUAAAGUUCCUCCAAACGGGCUAUCUGAAGUGUCAACAAAAUGGCUUCAGUAUCAGAAGGAGCUGGUCAACCAAGUGCUUAAGGCGGCCAUGGCUAUAAAUGCUAAUGUUCUCAUGGAAAUGGAGAUUCCAGAAGCCUAUAUCGAAUCCCUUCCUAAGAACGGAAGGGCCAGUCUUGGUGAUUCAUUAUACCGAAGUAUAACAGUCGAUGUUUUCGAUCCUGAGGAGUUCCUAUCGUCAAUAGACUUGUCGACGGAGCACAAGAUCCUAGAUCUCAAGAAUAAAAUAGAGGCGUCUAUCAUCAUUUGGAGGAGGAAGAUGCAUAACAAAGAUGCCAAAUCCCCAUGGGGCUCAGCCGUCAGCUUAGAGAAGAGGGAGCAGUUCGAAGAGAGAGCAGAGACUAUCUUGCUCAUCCUCAAGCACAGGUUCCCUGGUAUUCCUCAGUCGGCCCUCGACAUAAGCAAGAUCCAAUACAACAAGGAUGUUGGAUACUCCAUUUUGGAGGGCUAUUCAAGGAUUCUCGAGAGUUUAGCUUUCACCGUAAUAUCCCGAAUAGAAGAUGUGCUCUACGCCGAUUCUCUUGCACGAGACCCGACCCUCAGAGAGUCAAAGAGGCGGCCUUGCUUAACAAAUUCGGAGACGAUUUCAGGUACCGUAAAAGCUCUAGAUCCACAAGAAGAGAUCGAGAAGCUAAACAAAAUGGAGGCGCCUGCUUCAAUGACGCUGUCGGACUUCAUGGGCUGGCACUUGGACCAAGAUACCGAAGCGAAGAAGAAGGAAUCAUCAGGUAACUUGGAGGACAUGUUGAAGCUAGAAAAUGGAAAUUUGAUGAUGAAAAAGUCCCCCUAACACUGUGACUAACAAGAAAUUUUCCUAUAUAGAGAAGCUUGAGAACUUGAGGGAACUAACAAGUCCAACAUCCCACCAUUAGGAGUUGAUCCUUGCAGAGGAAAGAGAAAGAGAAAGAGAAAGAAGAUGCUGUCAGGGAGCAAGGAAAGAUACAUACAAAUGCUUGUAUAUAGUUUUGAAGCUUAGUGAGAUUAUUAUCUCCAAAAAUGUUGUAAAUUUUUCAUGCAUAUAAGUGCUCAUCAUGUCAUGUGCCCCUUUGCAAUUAAUCAUUGAAGAUACUUUUCUCUUGUCUAAGGUGACAUUACAAUUCCUGGUGAGUUUAUUAAUAAACUCUUCAC